AUGAACAAAACAAACAAUGAUACCUGUUUUUUCUUUGAAGAGAAAUUCGUCAACCUCGAUAGAACAGAGAACGUUUUUAUCAUCGACAUCUUUGCUGUUAUCCUAAAUUUUUUGUUUUCUUUAAUAACAUGUGUGGGAAACUUUCUCAUUGUAUUUGCGAUUGGAAAGACCCGAGAUCUUCAUUCGCCAUCUUUCGUCCUUUUGGGCUGUUUGGCAGUUUCGGAUCUUCUUGUUGGGCUGAUAUGUCAACCACUUUUAGCGGCAUUCAAAAUAGCUGAACUUAAAAGUAAUUAUACGGCGCGCUGUACAUUGGAGAUGCUUCUGCACACAACAGGGUGGAUGACGUCUGGCGCAUCUGCUUUGACUUUAGCUACGGUGUGUGUUGAUCGAGUUCUGUCACUAAUCCUACAUUUACGAUACAAAGCCCUGGUAACUGUUCCCCGCAUUUUUAAAGCUUUUUCUGCUGUGUGGAUCGUAUCGAUCACAGUUGUAGUUGUUAGGUUUCGUAUGGGUAGUGGAUGGUCUUUCGUUGCGAUUGUCGCAUUUCUUCUUCCCUUCCUUGUCAUAGCCGUUUGUACGUUAAAAAUAUUUCAGGUUGUUCGAAGACACCAACGCCAGAUAAACGAUCAGUCUGAGGCUCUCAGCUAUCUUCAAUCCAACACAGUAAAUGUACUCAAGUGCAGAAAAUCAGCCGUGACAGUGCUUUAUAUUUAUGGUCUGUUCGUUAUUUUCUACCUGCCCUACUUUGUGGUGAUGGUUUUGCAAAUGAACGUUGUUGGAUUCACAAUAACAUUGAGGAUUGCCUGUGACUAUGCUACGACUGCUGUUUUUAUGAACUCUUCUUUGAAUCCGCUAGUAUAUUGCUGGAGAAAUAGAGAGAUACGACGAGCUGUAAAGAAUAUCUUGAGAAGGGAUCGAAUGAUAACUCCAGUCCAACUCGAAUGGCCAUCAAACACGCCAUCUCGAUGUCGCCCCAGUCAUGCCAGACCAUCGGAUUUGCGACAGACUCUUCCACCGCGGGUUACUGCAUGGAAAGCGUUCCCACGGCGGCCCAAAGAAGUGCUUUAACCUUUUAAUCUGCAAUAUCCACAUACACAUUCUCCAAAAUGAUCGCCAUAGAUUUUCUUAAAGAAUAUGUUGAGAGAAUUUGAAAAAAGAGUUAUUUUCUCUUUGGUGAUCAUUUUAUUAAUUCUCAUAACCUAAUCUCUUGACAAAGUAUGGAUAUCGAUAGGAGAAAAUUGAAGUUGGUCAAAUUAAGAAGGCUUUUUCGUAAAUGGAUUGACUUAGAGUUGGCCAAUUUUUGCCUGCGUGCAAAAAUUUGGUUUACGCAGAAAAAAAGAAACAGUUUCCCGUAUUAAAGGCUUCUCUUUUCUUCUAACCAGAGUCUCAGUCAAAAUUGUUGGGACACUUUUGUGUCUCCUUGUCCCCUCAAUGUUGGUGUACAAGAUUUGGUGACCGAACCGCGAUAAACAACUUUGAGAGGGACAAGGGGAGCACGAGAAGGAAAAAAACAGCGUUUGGUUUAAGUGUCCCAAUUAUUUUUAUCUGAGACUGCAGCUGUCUCUCUCUAAUGUCAUAUUCGGAAGAUGAUUCCCUUGUCAAAACAGCCAAUUACAAUUGUCGCAGUGGGCGACAAGGCCUUAUAACUCCAAUAAGCUCAGUGUAGAUCGUGUAAAUUCUGAGAUUCAAUUUUAAAAAAGACAGUGGCAGCAUAUUAGUAAGUAUACAAAUUUUUCAGACAGACGAAAUUUGUUUAAUAUGACCUUAUGGGAAUCAAACAGUCUGUAUCAUGUAUAUUGUUCCUGACAUUCAAAGACUGCUCGGUUGAAUAUAUAGGAGAGUUAACAUUAACCUUUACUCGGCUACAGACAGAGGACAGCUGUAUAGCUAACCCUGAAACAGAAGCCUUUGUUGAGAGAAGAGACUUUAGGAAGGCUGACUCGGUUGAAAAGAAAAGAUUGACGUCAAAAAAAAACCUGCCAAGGUUGAGGAAUAGAAUGAACAAAGCUUGGCUCAUCAGACACCACUCCACUUAUAUUACAGUUUUAUAAAUGUAAGUAGCUAAAACCAGGCUCACACUCGUCUUUAACCUGCGCGCAUUUAAAGUUAUUAAUUCUCAGUACAAAGACACAGUCUUUCCGUAGCAUACAACAAUGAACAUCUCAGCUACAGACAAAUUACUGUUUUAAAUCGAAACGAGCUACAGCGCAAUGCUACUUGUAAAAAGUUGUAACGUAAAACACAAUUCUGAAAGCGUCUUUCGCUAUUUUGCAAGUGCAGUAAAAAGUAACUAGAGUACAAAUGUAAUAGAAAAGAUCUUUAUGCUAUCUGUAAUUAUUGAAGCCUUCAAAAAGUCGGUUAUGUUCCUCUGUACACUUUCGCAAAUCGUUGUUUGGUAUACAGCGACUGGGCUUUAUAUCACCUUGCAUAGCUCAUCAGCCAGACUAGAAGGGAUUCACCCUGUGUAGAUUCACCCCUUGGGUAACCAAUCAGAACAACAGAUUCGCUUUAUCUUUCCUGCGUGUGGAUAAAAAAUCAUAAAAUUAGAGAUGGUAAAUCCCCAAAGAGGCGCCACCUAGCACUGAAUUGCCAAUAAUAAUCAAGGGUCUAGGACUCCUAUAGAACUACAUCAAAGGGACAUUCAAGACACACCGCCAAAAACUUGGGAAAAUAGCAAAUGAUUGAAAAGGGAUCUUGUUGAUCCAAAUGAAGUACCGGUCGUAUCUCAAGUUACCCUUCCUCUCGUGCAGGGGAGGAGGGGGUGGGGGUUAAGGUGGCGCAGUGGUGACAGCAGUCGCCUCCCACCAAUGUGGCCCGGGUUCAAAUCCCUGCGUCGACGCCAUAUGUGGGUUGAGUUUGUUGUUGGUUCUUUCCUGUGCUCCGAGAAGAUUUUCGCCUGGUACUCCGUUUUUCCCCUUUCUUCAAAAGCCAACAUUUUCAAAUUUCAAUUUCGACGAGGAAUACUAGCCGAAGAACCACUGUGUGCAUGUGCUACCUCUAAACCGUUAUUUACGUAUGUAUUUAUUUCUUUGUUUCAGUUUUUGUUUGUUUCAGUUUUUGUAGUCUCCCUCACAGCCGUUUUUUGGAUGUCACGCAACGCUUCCGCAACGCUCGUUGCGUGACAUCCAAAAAAAGGCUGCGAGGGAGACUACAGUUUUUGUGGCUCUUUUAAAAAGUAUAAAAUGCAAACUUAUAUGUAAAUAUCUUCUUACCCCAUCUCCUAUAAGGUUUUGUUAUAAUCUAAAACGAUGGUCAAAGUACUUUCCAUGACUUUGGUAUACGGCAUGUAAAUGAAAUAUCGUCAUCAAACUAUAUUUGCGUAGGUAUUUUGAAGUUAUUUUACAACCAAUUUAGCAAAUUCGAUUAUUUAUCCCGCGCUGAUCGAAACUAAAGUAGUUGUCAAUGCUUAGAAACAGAAACCUGGCAGAGAAGAUCUAAAUUAUAAUAAUUUCAAUCUGUCAAGUUUCCUUAGUGAGCUUUGAAACUUUUGAUGAUAGCGUCACCUUGUUGGAGGACCAGAGAAUUUUUUCCGAUCAUGAAGACCUUGAACAAAACUGAGACAACCUGCUACGGCUUUUACUUUACAGGUGUCACCUCUGAUAAUACGGGAGAACUUUUCGUGACAAAUAUUCUGACAUGCAUCCUCAAUGUAUUGUUCAGUAACAUAACAUGUGUGGGCAACUCUACGAUUCUUCUUGCGAUUAAAAAUACACGAGAUCUUCACACGCCAUCUUACGUCCUUCUGGGCUGCCUGGCUUUUUCUGAUCUUCUCGUUGGCCUCUUAUGUCAGCCACUUUUCGUGGGGGUUAAGAUAGCUGAGUUUGAAAGAAGCUUUACUGUGUAUUGUUGGUUAGGAAUGCUUGAGACCAGAUCAGCUUGGACAACAGCAGGCGUUUCGUUUUUGAUAGUAGCUGCAGUGUCCGUUGACCGACUAAUCGCUUUACACCUCCACUUGCGCUACAGCUCAUUUGUCACCGUUUCUCGGGUUUUGCAAGCCACUCUGGUUAUUUGGAUCUUGUCCCUUACAUUGAGUGUCGUGCUAAGGUUUUGGAUGAUGACCGCCGAAUGGUUUUUCAUCCCGUUGGUCAUUUUCGUUGUUGUAUCCCUGGUUCUAACCGUCAGUACCAUGAAGAUAUUUCGGAUGGUUCGAAGACACCAGCGCCAGAUAAAAAGACAAACUGAGGCCGUGAGCAAUCUUCAAUCCAACACAGUGAACGUUCUCAAAUGCAGAAAGUCAGCUGUCACUGUACUUUAUAUUUACGGCUUGUUUAUGAUAUGUUAUGUCCCUUUCUUUGGAACGCUGAUCACAGACAUGCUCCAUCGAUAUACAAUCAAGAUACAAAUCGCUUAUGAUUUCUCUGGGACUGUUAUUUUCGUCAACUCCUUUAUAAAUCCGGUAGUGUACUGCUGGAGAAUUCGGGAGAUAAAAAACGCUGUAAAGAACAUUCUAAGGGGGUGGGGUGGGGGACGGAAUGAAUAAUACCCCCACUCCUGGAAGUCAAAAUGAUUUCCUCGAUGCCAAUAUGAGGGAGCAAGGGUGGGAAUGGGUAUGGGAAGCAAUGUUGGCGCACUAUUGGGAACGUUCUCUUCCAAUGUGGCGCGGGGUUCAAAUCCAGGCGUCGACCACAUAUACGUGGGUUGAGUUUGUUGUUGGUUCUCUCCUUUGCUUUGAGAGGUUUUUCUCUGGGUCCUCAGGUUUUCCCAUCUCCUCAAAACCAAUUCUUUCAAAGUCCAAUUCGAUCUGUAGCGCACCGUCACGUCUAAAUUAGUUCUCAAAAACUGCUAAGUGCUUUGUGGGUAAACACUUACAAUUACGAAAAUCAGUCUGCGAAUUUGCUUUAAUAAUGUUAGGCUCUGUGCUUGUCCUUUUUUAUCCUUCUACUGCAGAGGACGUUGUUUCUGUUUCUGUUGACCGGAAGAAUAAAGAAGUGACCGGUCUUCAUACUUUGAUAAAUAACUAGAAAGUAAUUCAAAGUAGGAUUCUAUUUCUUUCGCACAAAGCGACAUAUACUACACAUCUAUAGUAUAAACACCAUGAGAAGGAGUGUUUCAUCUGAUAUCCAAACAGCGACAAGUAUAUAUUAAACACGAGAAGGAGCUAUCCAAACACCAAGAAGUAAUAUGUCAAACAGGAGAAGAAAUAUUUCAUCUAAUCUCCAAACACCGAGAAGUAACAAAUUUAACACGAGAAAGAGUGUUUUAUCUAUAUCCAAACACUGAGAAGUAAUAUAGUAAAUACGAGAAGGAGCGUUUCAUCUGAUAUCAAAAUACCGAUUAUAUAUCCACACACGACUGUGUGGCCCUACCAUGAAUACAAGAAUGUGGGAGAAACGUGUUAGCCAAAUUUUUGAUUACUAAAUUAUAAACACAUAAUAAAUACUCACAGGUAGCCCAAGCUCGAAAUAUGUCAAAUAUGAGCAUCGACGAACAUCGGCAAUGUUGCGUUAUAAAAUAUAAGUAUUUGUAUGGCAAAAAAACCUAUCGUUUCCGUAACCUACGAAAAUGAAAGUAUUUCAAUAAAAAACAGCUUACCUUACAUAAAAUGUGUGUUACGUCUCUCCUGUGUGGUCCAUGGGCCGAUUUAUGGCCGUUUAAUGGGUUGUACUGUAAACAGUUCUCUGUAUAUAUAGAGGUUUAAGAUAAAACGCAUUUGAUAAUCAGCAAUGUUUAAUAACAGUCAGCUGAACAGUCUCUGAUCGGAUUCAAAUCGCUUCCAAAACAACGCAUAAAGACACAGGAACACAGGUAAAUACAUCUAAUUAUUCUAUUAGCUAAUACAGAGUUCGAGCUCCCUCUAGUCCGUCCUUAACAGUGAGCCAAUUAAAAGAUAAACCGUCUUAAAACGUUCCGAAUUAAAAAGAAAGCCUCCUUUUGUGAUGAGAAAAACCCGCAUUUUACAAGCAUUUUACUGCGAAGAGUAGAACUUUACGAUAAAGCAUUUUAUAAGAAAACAAAAAUAUUAAAGAAUAACGUGAAAAAAGACUAAUUUACAAGAGAUCAUAAGUCAUUUGGGGUAGUUACCCACUACACAAACCAUACAGUUGAAAACGGUCAAUUGUGCAAGAUUGACUCGCUACAAAUUGUUAGCAAUUCAGCUGAAGAGACAAUAAAGUUUCGCCUCAGUCUAUGCGUACGACAGGUAAUAUUUUCUGAAGCGCUCUAAACGGAUGCAGAUUACGACAAAGUUUUGAUUUACAAAUUGCGACAGGGGUUACAAAUUACCACGAUUAUUACAACAGAGCACUGUUUUCGCUUUUGUUCAAAGCACUCUUGCUUUUUUGGAUUGUGUACUUUAUAUAUGGCAUCCUGUACUAAGCAGUUUUUCUUCGGUCCUGAUUGCUGAUUCCUUCUUUUAAUCCAUGUAUUCUGCAUUGUACGCUCAAACACACGGACACCAUGGCCAACAAACAGUGAUAGCUACUUCAAGUCAACACAGUGACAUAACUUCCCUCACUCAUGAACAGAACUGAAAAAGCCUGUUUAUAUUUUAGUGGCAUCAGCUUCGACAAGGCGGAAGAACUUUUCGUAACAAACAUUCUAACUUGUAUCCUUAACUUAUUGUUCGGUGUCGACAAUUCUUCUUGCGAAUAA